AGGAAGACGCCACCUUUUGGUCGGGGCGGGUGAAGAGAGGAGGCCUUUGGUUAAGGACACCGCGGGAAACAGAAAAGGAAAGCGAAUUCUCUCUGACACCAAGACCAACGCUCUAGCAAAGCUCCUCCGGCGGAUAUUUUGUUUUCCCAGCGGGUUCUGCCUUAACAAUAAAGUCCUUUGUAGGCCAAAAUGUGCAGGGCAUAAAAGCAUGUGAUUUGGGACUUUCCAAAGGGGAAGUGAACAGAAACUGCCACAGACCCGGACGUGAACAGGGAGUUACCCUCGGCUGGUGAAUGCAGGCAGGCCUGGCUGAGGGUGGUGAGACUGCGAGGUACAGGUGAGAGAUGAAGCUCAGAAGACAUCUUUGCAGAGAUGUGGAGAAGCCAGGAGGAAGUCCUUCCUAAAAUAAACCUGACCUCCUGUGGGUUCCCAAACACUAACUUGUUUCCCCGGGAAUUUGGAGCUUUGACCAGGACCUGGUAACAGAUGUGGACGGACUUGAACCACCAACUCAGCUUAGAAGGAAGCCAAGACUUAAAGUUUCCUAGAUCCCAGCUUCAAGACUUUUUCUACCCCUGAAGGAUUGUAAGCUGCUUGAAGAAGGGAUAUAUUUACAUAGUAACUAGUACACUACUCACAACUGGUGGGCUCUUGAUGACAUCUCUCCUGGGAGUUGUAUUUGAGUUGACCAUAGCAGCUGGCAUAAUGUCAAAUACACUGAAAGUUGAAGUAAAUGAAACCUUGGGCUUGCAGUUUGGAAAUUUUAGCAUUCAGGUGCCAGGAAUGCAGAUGGGACAGCCAGUGCUAGAAACAGGCCCAGCUAUACUCCUUGAUGGAUACUCUGGGCCAGCAUAUUCAGACACUUAUUCCUCAGCUGGUGACUCCAUGUAUACUUACUUCAGUGCUGUUGCUGGACAGGAUGAUGAAGUGGAUGCUGAAGAACUUCAGAGAUGUUUGACACAGUCUGGAAUUAAUGGAACUUAUUCUCCCUUCAGUUUGGAAACCUGCAGAAUUAUGAUUGCCAUGUUGGAUAGAGAUCACACAGGAAAAAUGGGAUUUAAUGCAUUCAAAGAGCUAUGGGCAGCUCUUAAUGCCUGGAAGGAAAACUUCAUGACUGUUGAUCAAGAUGGAAGUGGCACAGUAGAACAUCAUGAGUUGCGUCAAGCCAUUGGUCUUAUGGGUUAUAGGUUGAGUCCUCAAACAUUAACUACUAUUGUUAAACGUUAUAGCAAGAAUGGCAGAAUUUUCUUUGAUGAUUAUGUUGCUUGCUGUGUGAAGCUUCGAGCAUUGACAGAUUUCUUUAGGAAAAGAGACCACUUGCAACAAGGGUCUGCGAAUUUCGUAUAUGACGAUUUUUUGCAGGGCACUAUGGCAAUUUGAAUGCUUAGAAUUUUAAACCUGAAGAGACACUGUGAAUUCUUUUGCUUGGAAGAAGUGAACUGGACUACUUUAAAACUUUCAAGGGUUUUCUAUGUUCUUCCUACCUGUUAAACCUCUUCCCUUUCUGUGUGUUUUUAUUUUAGCAGAUAGUUCAAAGCAAUAAAAGAUUUCUUUUUUAAUUUGAGGUAUUACUGCUUUUGGAAAAGUUAUUUUAUAAAUAUGUGCAUAUUGUCAUAAAAUAUUGUAUGAUUAAUUGAUUUAAAUAAUGCUUAGCCUUAAUUUUAGAUAAUGUAAAUUUAGAGGAAUGUACUUUACAAGAUAGAUUGUAUAAGAAGCCAAAUGAUGAAAGCCUAGAAAAAACUAAUUUAUACUUAUCUGAAGGUUACAAAUUAGACUUUUAAAUUUUCUUUGUAGUUGGUGGUGUUUGAGGGUUGGCUAGAAAUGAAAGCCUGGAUUUUGUGCCAUGUUUGUAAUAUAGUUUGUUCCUUGAUCAAAUAAUCAGAGAAAAGAAACUUAAAGAUCUUUGUCUGUGAAGAAGAAAAUUAUCUCCCUAGUUCAAUCUGUAGUGAAAUAAGACUACAGAAGGCAUUAUUUUUUCCUUUUUUAUUUUUUGUAGUAUAUAUUUUUCUUAAAUAUGUUUUAUUGUCUUCUCUAAGCAAAAAGUUCUUAAUAAACAUAGUAUUUCUCUCUGCAUCCUAUUUCACUAGUGAAGACAUAGUUCACCUAAAAUGGCAUCCUGCUCUGAAUCUAGACUUUUUGGAAAUGGCAUAUGUUUUUGAUGAUAUAUCAACAUUCAAAAUUGUCCUAAUUAAAUUGUUGUUUAAAUGUAAUGUCAACUCUUUAUAAACUUAAAAAUAAACAAGUAAUUAAUCACUCUAA